CAAUGGUUCACUCGUUAAGAUAUUAACCACGUUGUGCAUAAGUGUGCUGUUUAUAAUAUUAUUAAUAUUUUAAAAAUUUCAAUGUUUGGUUAUUUCUUUUUGUUCGUUUUACAAGUUAUUUUAGUCUUUAUUGCACUCUAUUGAUCAUGGAUGUGAUAUAGUAUACGACACGACCGCCAUCAUGAAAGCUGACAAUAUUAGAAUACAUUUGAUUAUCGCCACAUUUAUUUUCUUUGAGUCGUGGAUAGCUGCUAUUGACAUUCGAAAUCAAGAUCUUAACAACUUAAAUAAAUCAAAAACGGACGAUUAUGAAACCACAUUGCUUCUGGACGAUGACGAUGACGAUGACGAUGAUGAAGCUCCAAUAAAUCCGAACACGAAAACGUUUAACGUCGGCGUUAUUAAGAGGACCGAAACGGAAUUGAUAUGUCGAAAAACGUUCGAAUACAGCCAUCAAACGUUGUCGCACUGUUACGACGACUCGCACUGCAAGCUAUACGGCGACUGUUGUCGGGACAGUAAGUCCUACGUGGAGUCAGAGCAGACUGCGGCCAUCACCGGCAACGCGUACAACAACAGCCAGUACGAGUGUUACGGUACGGACGGCACGGACGCGGUGCGAGCGCUGAUGAUCGACAGGUGUCCGCGGGAGGCGUCGAUAGACCGCGAGAUACGCAACAAGUGCGAGCGACGGGACAAUGACUUCAUAUCCGCCUAUCCCGUGUCGAGCGCGGACACCGGCCACGCAUACAAGAACGUCUGGUGCGCUUGGUGCAACGGCGAACGUCGGCGGGUCGUCUACUGGAAACCGCUGUUCCAGUGUUCCGGAAGCGGCGGCCGGGUGGUCGCGACCGUUCGGCUGGAGGACGCGUCCGACCACACCCUGUUGUACCGGGACGGCCAGUGGUACUACGCCGACUACGGAAACAGGACGUUGCUCGCGUGUAACUUCCGGAUCCAACCGCCGGACGACGCGGCCGGCACUCCGCCGUUGCGGCCUUGCGUCAACGAGGGAUCCGCCCGGACCGUGGACGGUUGUCCCGACGGUACGCCGGCCGCGGCGGCCCGGGCAUGCGCUUCGCACACGUACGUCGUUUUCGAGUACCGUCCGACCGGCGGCCGGGAUAGGCGCGUGUUCCGGAACGCCGACUGCGCCCGGUGCAACGGAUUGACCACCGACCAGUUGACGUGCGAACCGCCGCCGCCGCCGUUGAGCAGCUCGCCGCACGGGUUCGGGUCGCUGUUCGCGGUGCACGCGGCCGGCGAACGGCGCGACCUUUGCGCCCCGGACGAGAUUUACGACGUUCUCGCGGCAAAGUGCAGGAACGUGAUCCGGGACGAGCUGCCGGGCGCGUGCCUGACGUACGUGACGUUCGGCCAGGGCGAGUACGACAGACGGACCGCGGAUAACGGGACGGCGUACGUGUACGCGUACAAGAAACGCGUCCGGUACAGGACGGGAGACCGCCCGACCGUCGUGGCGGCCACGGGCGCCGGGUCUCCGCUGCAGGUGUGCACCGAGGACGCGGACGGGCUGCUCCGGCCGUACGAACAGUCCGCGUACGCGGUGUACCUGUCGUACGCGGGCGUUGCGGGAUCGUGCGUGUCGGCCGUCGCGCUGGUGGCGCAUCUCGCGCUGUUCGGAUGCGGCGGAUGUUGCGCGGGCGCCGAGCCCAAAAACCUUCCCGAAAAGAACCUGGCCAGCCUGUCGACGGGCCUGCUGGUCGGCUACGCGGGCUACCUGUCAGUGGCUCUGCGGGCCGUGCCGCCGGGCGACGGACUGCCGUGCCUCGUGUCAGCGCUCACCACGCAGUUCGGUUUCCUGGCGGCUUUCGCGUGGAUGUUCGUCAUGUCGGCCGACGUGUGGAUCGUGCUGCACGCGUCCACCAAGAAACUCCGGGUGGCCGGCGGCCAGCGUCGCGGCCGGUUCAUCGUCUAUUCGUUGUUCGCGUGGCUCGCGCCCGCCGCGCUCACCGCUCUGUCCGCCGUCGUACAGUUGCAGUUUCAGCCCUCCGACUCGCUGUUCUCCGAGCUCCGGCCCAACUUCCAGUACGACUGCUGGUUCCGGAACCCCCAGUCGCUGGUCGCGCUGUUCGUGCUCCCGGCCGGAACCGCGAUCGCCGCCAACUACGUGUCGUUCUUCGGUGCCGUCCGGCUGAUCGCCACUUCCGACGAAGGGCUCAAGACGGGCGGCAGCUGCAGCAACGCGACGGCCGUGAACCGGACGCGCAGGAACCUCAAGAUCUACGUGCGCCUGUCGCUGAUGAUGGGACUGGCGUGGGUGUUCGCGCUGAUCGGCGCCGUCACUGACAGCGACGUAGCCUGGACGCUCAACACGGCGCUCAACUCGUUGCAGGGCGCUUUCAUAUUCAUCGCGUUCGACUGUAACUGGAAGACCGUGCAGAAGUUGGCCGUGUUCCGCAAAAACCCGACCGUGUCCGAAACGCAGACCACCACGGCCACCACGCCACUCAGUGCGUCCACUUAGCGGCCAUCUGGCUAAAAUUUUCCAACAAACAUUGUGUACCGCUGUAGUAUAUAUAUUAGUACAUUUUAACUGUGCAGUCACAUUUUCGACAGCACAAUCAGGUGUACGAUGAUGGUAGAAUAUAAACUAAAUGAACACCUUUAUACAUUAUAAUACAUACGUCACAGCUUUUGAACGACAACCCGAUUCCUCGAGGAUAUUUCUCACCGCCAUUUGCUCGCGUUAUAAUUUAUCACAAUCACGGAGGUUUGAAUGUCACGUUUACCUAUAUUUAUAUUCAUUAUUAUUUCACUAUAAUCCCGAUCCUGUAUUACAUUUUAAGAUAUAGUAUGUAACGUAUACGUUUUAA